UUGACGUAAAGUGUUGCUGCAAAAUGCAAGUCGGCCUGCCCGCUCAAUAUUAAUUAUCUCUUGAAAUAAACUUCAGCUGAUUCCUAAAAAUGGAUAAAGUGUGGAUAAUUUUGAAACAGAUAUAACUUCACAAAAACAACAACCAAGAUGCAGGCUCCAGACAUUUGUAGUAUGGAACCAGAAAAUUACAAAAAAUACUUCAGAACAUUAUAUUGGAGUAGCCCCAGGAAACAUGACAGAAAACAGAAGCAUAAACCAGGCAAAAAAGAGAAACUACGGAGACUGAAAGCUGCAAACAAUCUAGCUAUUUGCAAUGCCCCUAGUUUACUCGCAAAUCCUUCCCAGUUUGCUGUUUAUGCCACUGUUCGUAGAACUGUGCUCACCCGCUGGAAACUACUUAACAGUCUCACCAUCGACUAUUCUGAUGACAGUGACAAUGACGACCAUUGCAAUCAAACUGUUAUAGCCAAACUUCCAAAGAUAACUGGUGUAGGCUUGAAGACAGUUUUUGCUCUUAUAUCGCAAGCCAGGUUCACAGAUGCUGAUUUCUGUGAGCAUGCUCUCAGGGCAUUGCUCGAUGUCCUGCAGGGCCAUGCUCCUGAAGAACUUAACCAAGAACCCAGUGAGAUAAUAUCAACCCUCCAUGCAAUGCUAGUGGAAGUGGCGAGCGGCAGCGGUCCCAGUGGUAAAAUAGAUGCUCCCACAAACCUGACGGCUCUGAGCUCUUCCUGCCUCAUAGCCCUGUCGGUGGCUCGAGGCGAGGCCGAGCUGAUCCUCAAUGCCAUCGCUUCCCUCAUCAUGUCACACACCUCUCUCUCCAAUCAAAGCGUCCAGAUACCGGCGAAUCUUCUGACCCUCCAAAGAAGUGUCCAGUCGUAUAUUUUAGGCACCCCUUCCCGCAAUUUAUGGCUUAACUUUGGCGUCCCAAAUCAGUCCCUAGUAACGAGUUUCCCUGUGGACCUCCCCGCCCAACUGACUUCCGGCCACAGCGAUCUCAUAGUCCGUUCUCUUGCGUCCGACGGCUGUUUCCUCUACGUGUAUACUUCCAAGGGCCUGUUAAAGAUCGGCUCAGGCUACGGCAGCUCUAUCAGGCAGCAUGUCUAUCUGUACAAACCGGAUUUCUUCUCCAGUGAUCGACAUGGCUGGCUGGGGUACUGUAAGAAUAAACUCUACGUAAGGAUCGGCCGGAAAAAGACUGAAAUAUAUGAAGUGGAUAAGGAAACGUUAGAAGUAAGGAACAUCGUGAAGCUGGACCCUGGCCAACCUGCGCCCAUUGAGCCGAAAAGCACUAUUUUCACCGACGGAAAUCUGCUCGGCAUGAUUCUGAUAACCAAUCACGAGAGUCUCACCAUCCGUAUGUACGACGUGGACUCAAUCCCGGAGCGUACUGACGGAGUGGUCACGCUCAAGUCUCACAAAGAGCUGAACGUGCACUUGCUCCGGCGACGGACCCUAGUCCUGGGCAGGGCUCCCUUUGAAGACAACCUGGCUCGGAGACCAGUCGAGCUGGAUGUGCCUGUAGCGAUGCAACUCGAUGACUGCGAUGAUGAUCCGUUGAUGUCCAUUUGUUCCGGACAGGAGUUUGGAUUGCUGACUACUGGAUCUGGAAAGGUGUACUAUACGGGGAAAGGCAGUAGCCUGGGAUACAAGGUGGCCAGUCCUCAAUGCGGCCGAUGGAUUCUGAUGAAGGAAACAAUAUUUAACAGAAAUGACGCUUCCAACACCAAGAAGUGUAAAGUUGUUCAGUUGGCAUUAGGGCACGAGGGGGUUCACGCAAUCCUAGUGUUAGACAACGGCACAGCUCUGUUCACCGGCGUGGCGAGGCGAGGCGAGGACGGAGACAACAGCAAACACCGCCGCACCCCCAAACCCACCAGACCCAAGAAGAUGACCCGGGCUGAAGGGCACACGAUAGUGUAUGCUGCGUGCAACUACGGGUCCACGGCUCUAGUGACCAAGUCGGGGCAACUGCUCAUGUUCGGUAAAGACACACAACAUUGCGACUCGGGCGGCGUCGUCACUGCUCUGAAGGCUGAGAGGGUUGUUCAGGUGGCUUUGGGUAAAGCUCAUGCGGUGGCACUAACAAAUUUCGGACAAGUUUUCACAUUUGGAAUUAACAACAAAAAUCAAUGCGGCAGAGAGUUCGGCUAUACUAAAGAGAAGUCGUACAUGAUGCGUCGGGCCAGCAACAAGGAGGAGAGCCGGCUGUGCGCUCCUACGCAACACGUGUGGGUGUUCGACUACUGCCGCGUGUGUGUGCUGUGCCGCGAGUGUACCGGCUUUUCUAGCGCUUGUCAGUGUGCGGACUUCCCCAAUAGGGUGCCUAAAGAAAAAUGCGGCUGCGGCGAGGGCGACAGCGGGUGCAGCGUGUGCGGCGUGUGCCGGCGCUGCGCCGACGCAGCCAGCGACCCGCCCGCGUCCAGUAGCGACAGCAACGCCGCCGUGGCAGACAAAGACAACCCUCGCUACGCUCCCUACGAGUGCGGACCACUGGACCCGGAGCGCGACACGGGCUCCAAGAUGAGCUGUCUGCCUCCUGCCCGUGUCGCCGUGCCGGGCGGGCACCGUAUCGCCGCUGUGGCUUGCGGCCUGCAUCAUACUGUGCUUAUGACUGAACAUGGCGAGGUGCUAACAUUCGGCUCGAACCAGUGCGGUCAACUCGGCGCGGGUGACAUCUCAGCCCACCACAGGAUAGUGAAAGUACGCGUACCGCGAGCCUCGUCCAUAGCCGCCGGGAGCAACCACACAGCCAUACUGACUCGGGAGGGAGAGCUUUACACGUUCGGGAGCUAUCAGAAAGGCUCGCUCGGCCGCCCUCGCAUCGAGGAAUCAUCCCGGGCGGACCGAAGCCCUAUCUGGUACGCGACCCCCGGACGGGUCCCCCGCCUCGGGCCGCGCCACGCCUGCAAGGCUGUGUGGGUCUCUGCCUGCGGAGACCAGACCUUCGUGCAAGUCUCCCAGGCCUUGAUAAAGACCGAUACGCUGUUCAGUUCUACUAUUACGUGCAACAGCAGUGCUAUUAUUAUUCUACCCAACCGGCCAGAGCAUACCUUCAAAUGCGUAACGAUAAAUAAGUCAGACGGAACAUGCAACGCCUGGACUGGACCGGAACAAGUCGACUUUGUGAACAGUCUAGCGUGCCUAGAUCCUCUGUACGACCUACUCUGGUGCUACCAGCCACAGAUGAGAGUCAUGAAAUGCUUCAACAUCUUAGCUUUCGACUCCCAUAAACUACAAAGGUGCUGCGCCAACGAAACAGACGAUGGCAUGUACGCCACAGAAACCGAGUUCGAAUACCCUAACUACGGCAGCAUGAAACGGAUGGAGGACUUCAAGAACCUCGAAAACAUCGAGGCCAUUUGCAACACCGAAGAGAAGAAGCUAGACGGCGUAGCUUUGACCAACAUGUCUGUGCUAAACCAGGAGCUGGCCAUCCCUUGUGUGUCGGAGUGUACCGUAACGCGGAUGCACGCGGCUUUGCAUCUGCUGGGUUGCCUGGAUUCACUCACCACGUGUCAUGACACCCGCGCCGCGCCCGCCGAGUGCAAGCGAGACAGCGCGAUCUCACCCGUCCUGCCCUGCAAAGAAGAAUUCCUCACCGUUAACCGCUUCGAGAGCCACGGCGGCGGCUGGGGCUACUCCGGCCACUCAGUCGAAGCCAUACGCUUCAUGUGCGACAUGGAUAUCCUGCUCGGCGGGUUCGGGCUAUUCGGCGGCCGUGGAGACUACUCCGCCAAGAUCAAACUGUUCGACAUCGGGCCCGAGGGCGGCGACCAGGAGGGCGACGGCGAGCUGCUAGCCGAGAGCGAGGAUAUAGUCUUCGAGUGCCCCCCAAGAGACAAGUUCCCGAUACUGUUCGAAUGCUCCGUACCAAUCAUGGCCAACAGGUGGUACGUCGCCUGGGCGUGCAUCAACGGCCCGUCGUCGGACUGCGGCUCGUCCGGCCAAGCCAUGGUCAUCAACGACGAGGUCGGCUUCCAUUUCAAAACUUCCAAGAAGUCCAACAACGGGACGGACGUGAAUGCGGGACAGAUCCCGUGCCUGCUGUACAAUACAGUGACCCCGGACAACUCCGUCCCGGUCCGGGCCCAUGACCAGGGCGAGCCGGUCAUCGUGCUCACUAAGAACAUUUCCCGGAAAGUCACUGUUUCAUGCUUCCGUUCGCUGAUCACUCUACUACACUGGAGUUGGUCCACGUUCAAGGGGAUAUUACUGGACACGAACGGCCAAGUGCCAAUCAACUAUCAGAAGUUAAACACGAUGAAACACCAGAAACGCCUCGUGUACGUUGUACGGGCGUGCCUGCGCCUCACCAAGUCGUAUAUAAACGAGGUGUACCCUCAGAACCACAGGAAGAGAAACUCUCACGAGUACAUGUCUUACUUCGAGGCGAUCGCUGACGUCCGCAACUUGAUCCAAAUGAUUCUAUCCGAGCCGGCACCCACCUGUGCUAUGCUGCCUAAGAAACCCGGCAAGCUUAAAGCGAUAAGACUGUGCUACGUACAGUUUGCACUGGAAAUGACCAACUCUAUCCUGAAAGAGUGCCAUGAAACGUUCACAUCGUGCUUCCACGCGUUCUUCCCUACGCCGACGUUGAAGUGGAAUCAACUUUGCUCAAUGCUAUACUUUGUCAAGGAGCUCCAGCCAAUUCCAGGCAAGCACACUCGCGAGCUGACUUCCACCUGCGCCUCUCUCUGCAUCUCCCGUAGCCUCCGCGACGUCCUCCAAUACGUAGUGCCGUUGACACAAACCUCCAUACUACUGCGGGAGUCCAGGAGGCCUGACAGCAAGGUGCUGGUGAAGACCGAAGGCUCCAAGUCUGCAACGGUGCCGAGGACUUCGCAUCCUAAACCGCCGCCCGUGCCGCCUAGGGCUUGCAAUAAGGACGGGCAGCAGAAGAACCAAGAUCCUCCAGAUACAAAAACCAGCUACAUGGAGUGGCAUCUACUAGACGUGAUACCGCGUCUACUAGACAUCGUGAUGAGUCCGGUCAAGCAACAGAUGAUGACGAGGCAAUGCGGGCAACCACACGACCACGGGGAAGUGAAGCUUCAGGAGAGACUGUCCAAGUUCUGCUGUAGACUGAUAUCGAGGAUUGUCGCUGAACUGGCGUAUGGGGUCACUAAUAUUCGGGAUGACAUGGACACAAGCAACUCGUUCAAGCCGCUAGUGACGCCCUCUCGCUUCAUGCGCGUGAACCAGGCGCGCGCUUGGAACACCGGAAACGGAAGUCCGGACGCCAUUUGCUUCACCGUGGACCGCUCUGGGGUCAUGUUGGCGGGAGUUUGCGUCUAUGGAGGGCUCGGGACCUAUGAAUAUGAGUUGGAGUUGCUUCAUGAUGUGCGACAGAUCCACGCCGGCACAGACGAAGGCAACCUGUCCCACUGCUGGGUGAGCGUGGAGGUGACGCAUGGCUCGUUCAACACGGCCGACAGCCAGCGCGACGAGCUGCAGAUCAAGUUCGACCGCCCCGUGCCGCUCAAGGAGGAGCUCCGCUACGCCAUCCGCUUCUGCAACCACGGCGGGCGCACCGUCAACGGCGACUGCGGGCUGCCCUCGGUGAAGGGGCCCGAUGGGACCACGUUCCGAUUUGCUUCGUGCUCGCUCAGCUUCAACGGCACCUCGCUGGCUAGGGGGCAGAUACCGGCGCUCAUUUACUUUGGAUACGGAACAUCGAAGCCUUUGACCGGAACAUCAGACAACACAGACACUAUGUUAUCGGCUCUUCGCGCUAUAACCCUACGCGUGGCUUCAGUGGUCAUGUCCCGAAGUGCAGAUCUAUUCUGUUCCCUUCGCAACGAGCUGACUGCCGAGGAGUUAAGGAGAUCAGCGUCGGUGCUUCAGCUGGCUCCGGCAGUUAAUACGCUGAUACCACUGACGCUGUCGAGUUUGGAGUCGUUGAAUGAUUCACGGAGCGUGGUCCAAAUCCUGGAGAUGAUCCAAGCUCUACUGCCUCACGUGUCGGCCGUGAACCUACUAGUGCCGUCCAAUGAGGAGCCGGCGCCCGCCACCACGCCCCACUACUACACGUGGGUCGAGAGCGAGCAUCCGUACAAGCAGGCCGCUGUCAGCAAUAUGAGGGUGCUGUUUCCCCCGUCCGUGUCGUGGAUAGUCCUGGAGAUGGACCCCCGAAGCAUCACGGCGCAGCCUGAAGACUCACUGACGAUAUUCGCGGCGGCCGGCCCGCCUCGGCAGCGCUGCCACUGCGCCGCCGACGCCAGGCUACUGAAGCCACCGUUUAAGAAGCGCUACAUCCAGCUGACGAACGAGGCGACAGAGUUGGAACCGACCAGCGAAGAGCCCUCAGAGGAAUUACUGUGUCUGCACUACAAUUGCACCUAUGUGGCCGUCACCAACAAACUCGCUAAUGUCGCUGCAGAGUGGCCGCAAAAAGCCAUUCUAGUUCCCGGAAACGAAGUCGUUUUCUCAUUGGAAACAGCUUCGGAUUAUUUGAACGAAUACAAUAAAAACAGUGACGAGAACCGUUUCGGCUUCCGCUGCCUGUGCGUCGGGUACGAAGACGCCGCAUUCACGACCCUUAGACAAGGCCUAGUGGCGUUGGAAAUGGAACUGGCUUACGCUGGCGCCGCUUGCGCUUCCAAACUGUUGGCUCCUGAUAUCGAUAUUCCUACACUGACACAGGCGACAGUGCUAGACGUCCAGACAUGUAUACCCAGUGGGUCGAGCCCCACUAACGGGGAGGGGGAAACCGACACCAGUGAGGCCCUCAUGCUGUCCAGAGGACUGGAACUGUCGUCUCCGCCGAGCAUCCAUCAUGUGUUGGAUGGCCAGCCACUUCUGCGUUCCAUCUCCACGGAGCGCCAGUUCCUCUCAGACUUCGUGUCUGGGCUGGAGAGCACGGCCGGCGGGCGGCUGGCGUGGUGGCUGUCUCCGGCGCCGCGGGUCGAGCCCGCCCACUGCGAGCUGCGCCCGCCCUCCACGCCCGCCCGCCCUGCCGCCCGCCUCACGCUGCCCGUGCUUCUGAGGGACCAGUACGGGGAUCCUGUUGCCUCUAAUGCGCUCACUGUUGAGGUGGUGGUGCAAAAACUGGAGGAGGGCGGCGGCAGGCGCAGCCGCGUGUCCCUGUCGGAGGCCAAGCGCAGCAGCGCGCUGCCCGACGCGGCCUACCAGCCCACGGCGCGGGACACCAUGCGCUUCCACGCCAUCACCAUGAUGAAGGCCUACCAAGGCUACUCGUUCGAGGAGCUCCGCCACCUAUCAGGCGCGUGGGGCGGGCUGGGCCCGGCCAGCGGCGCGGGGCGCGUGCCCGCCGAGCGGCUGCCCGUGCGAGCCCACCCUGACGGCUCUUACGCCGCGUGCUGGACGCCCCGCGCGCCCGGCAUGUAUACGCUAAGGUGUACGCUGGAUGAGCUGCCGGUUUCGCAGGAGCUAACCAUCGAAGUGGCAGAAGGCGUGGACGAGGGCCCUUCCGAACGCGUCCCGCUCUCCGGCAUCGCGCCCCCAUCGCCGCCGGCCAAGCUGCGGCGGUUCGCGGCGCCGUACAGCGCGGGGCUGCGCGUGCGAGCCAGCCCCAGCCUGCAGGCCGAGGAGCUGGGGGUCGUGCCGCACGGCUCCAUCGUGGCUUUUGUGGAGGAGGUGGUGAACAAAGACGGCACAUGGGUGCGUCUGUCGGCGGACUCGAUGCAAGCCUUUGCUGACAGCACGGCGGCGGUGGCGUGGUGCCUGCAGUACCACCGGCAGCUGGACCGCGCGCUGCUGCAGCUCACCAGCCCACACCAGACGGAGUACCCUGACUCUUGGCCCGGGUACAGCGCCAUGCACAAUUGGCCUGGCGAAGGGGACGCCGCCGCCGCUGCAUCCUCCGCGGAACCCGUUAAAGAAAUUGUUGAAGAGAAGAGAGUACCAUUUUUCGUUAAAAAUGACUCCGCUGAAAAUGAGAGUGAUGGGAGUUCCGGCCCCGAGCCGAGCAAACGUGGCCGGCUAGCCAGGGACGAAGCAGCGAUUGCAUCACCAAGGCGUCUCCAACGCCGUAGCAACGGCAAUGGCGGCAACGACGAGUGGUGGACGUCGGAGAAAUUUCUCUCCAGUGAAAACCUGAAGGGUGUGAACAUUCCUGCUGAGGUGGAUCAGAGAAUAAGUAGCAGACUGACACAAACAGGCACACAGACAUCACCAGACAGCCAGCAGGAAGAAGCAGCCGCCGCACAGGCCGUGUUGGCGGUGUCUAACAAGGACGGCCCCUCCAGCCCUCGCACGGUAGCUCGCGAGCGGCUUCGCUCACGAGGGUUCAAGCGAGGCGCGUCGCCGCCGCCGCCGCCCGCGCGAGCCCCGGCUGUGAGGAAACAGGCGCUUAGUCCGGCCCAGGCAGAGUGCUUGAGGGCCAUCUUUGCGGCGCUGCUGUGGCAUGAGGGAAUAGUCCACGACGCGAUCGCCUGCGCAGCAUUCCUCAAGUUCCACCCGUCGCUGCCGAAGCACGGGGCCCGCGUGGUGACGCGCGCGCCGCACCAGCCGCCGCCGCGCCCGCUGAGGCACUCGCUCGAAGUCAACAGCUCCGGCCAGUACCUGCACAUCCAGCCUUCGACCCUGGAGACGCUGACUCGCUCUGGCGUGGAAGCCAGCGUCAGCCGGCUGAGGAAGAUCACGUGUGACACCCCGCCACCCAUCAAGGAAGAGGAGUCUGCCAGCCAACAGGGCACUAUGGAGCGACCAACGACGUCAGUAGUGAACGUGCUCCCGCCGGCGCUGCGAGCGCUCGUCGCCUUGUGGGACGCCCUCAACAAUGCGGACCAGCUCGCCGUCGCAACUGACAAAUUUAGGAAAGAGAUCCUCACCGAGAAGAACGAAAAUGAGCCACCGAGCAGCAGCAUUAGGAAGAAACGAGAUUGGAAAUCCAUACCUGGCGCUAAAACACCUUAUUCAGUGUGUUUUGCGAACGUUCCAGUGGAAUGCGAGUUAUGCGGGGGCGCUAGCGUGCCGCCCCCCCUGGCUGCCCACAUGAGGCACAUGCACCCCGGCUGUAGGGGGCGCUCUUCACGAGGCUACGACCGCUCGGGGGCGUAUGUUUGCGCCCCGCCCGCCAACGCCAUCUGUGGGCAACUUGCGCAAGCAUACCACCUCUGGUACAUACUGUGCGAACAAUGCCGCGACAAGGCUCUCAAGGCGGCUCAAAGCUCGAAACAAUCGAAGAGUAAACCCAUUUCGGAUCAAGGAAGCGAGAAGAUCGAGCCACAAGUCGAAGUGGACCAUCAUGUGAUCAAGGAAAACGCCGUGUUCUUGUUGGAUCUCGCUCCUCUUACUAGCUCAGAAUCUCCAUCGCUAUCGCCAUACGCUGACGCAAACCGAAGCCCCCCUGCCGCCACAUCGAGCCCCUGGCAGCCGGCGCCCCCGUUCCAAAGCCUGCAAGCGCUGGGGGCGGCGCCGCGGUUACCGCCCCCGCACAGCAAGUACCACUCGCUGGGCCGCGCGCCCCCCACUAACCUGCAUAACCAAGUGUUCGGCACUAGCGAACAACUCUCGAGCCUGGGUCCGGUGCCGCGGGUCCAUCGCUCCGUGUCCAUGGGAGGGUCCGGGGCGCAGGAGCUGGUUCUCACGGACCACCGCCCGUUGGACCCCCUGGAUCCGCUGGCAGGAGGCGGUUCAUCCCUCCUGGCCCAACCGUCCGCGGCGCUUCAACGUCUAGUCGGCGGCGUCGACUGGACCGAAGGCACGCGGUCGGUCAGCGCGUUUGAACCGCCGCGGUUAGACGCCGAAGAACUGAUGCGAAGGCCCACACUAGCGUUUGUGCUGGCUAGGAGGGACCUACACGCGUAUAGGCAAAAGAUGGACGCGGCUGUCAGGAUUAAUACUGUUAGGCAGUACGCGUUUGAGGCAAUGAACUGGCUGCUGCGGUCCGUGACGCAGCCAACCUGCGUUCACGACGUCAUGUGGUGGUUCUGUAACGCGCUCGACAAGUUCGCCAGAAUCGUCCCUAUCAUACCAGCUGAUGAUAAUAAGGAGAACGUAGCCGACCUGCACCGCUGCACCGUCCCCACAGCGACCGCGUCCGCGCUCUGCCCGGGCGGUCGGGCCGCGCGGCUGGCGCGUUCCGCGUUCCACUCGUUCCUCGGUUCGGUCAGCACGCUGGCCCCGAGCCUGCCCGCCGCCGGCGCCGCCGCGCUGCAGGCUGUGAGGUGCUGGGCGCUGCAUUAUACGCAGCAUGAUCGCGCGUUCUUGCAUAGAUCCCAAGUGUUUAGCGUCAUCAGUCGCAUCCUCUCACAUUCUGAAGACGGAGUUUAUGAAGAGGGGGCACUAGGGCCCAUCAGGGAAAACGCAGCCAGCUUCCAUAACAAGGAGAACUACGUAUGGGUUUGCCCUGACGUGACCGGGUGGUGUGACGUCACGGUCUCGUCCCGUCAAGGCAUGGCCGGUGCUCUGACCGACGGCAGCACAGAAACCUUCUGGGAGUCCGGCGACGAAGACCGGAACAAGGCCAAGUGGAUCCAAGUGGCAUACCCCGGCGGGACUAUGGAUGACCGUCCACAUAUUAUCUGUCUGCAUAUUGAUAAUACGAGGGAUACUGUUAACAAGACGCUGAUGGUGUCGUUCCUGUACAGCGGCGCUUCGGCCGACAUGUUCCACAUGCAGGACAUGGAUGUGGACGCCAAGAACGCCGCCUGGCUCUGCUAUUCGCUGCCCAGGGUAUCCUGCUCCCCUCUCCGCGUCCGCUGCGAGCUCCGCGGCCCUGAGCCGGGGGUGCGGGUGCGGGGGGUGCGCGUGCUGUCCGCCCCCGCCGCCGCCGCCCCCGCCCCUCCCCCCGCCGUCCUCCUGCACGGGCUCACCGAGUGCGACACGCUGCGGGUGUUCAGACUGCUGACGUCACAGGUGUUCGGGAAGCUACUGGAGUGGGAAGCCGGCGACAGCGACGCGGGCGACGCGGCCGCCGACGAGCCGGGCUCCGACAGCGACCUUCGCGAGCACGUGGUCGGCAUACUGUUCGCGGGCCACCAGCUCACGUGUCUGCAGAGGCAGGUGAUGUCACACAUAGUAUGCGCGAUCGGAUGCGAGGCAGCUCGGGCACGGGACGACUGGGAAACGGCACUUGUAUGUGAGGCGGGCGAUCAAGGGGCGGGCGCGGGGGAGAGGGGCGCGGGCGAGGGGGCGGGGGCGGGCGCGGGCGCGGGGAGGGGCAACGCUCACGUGCAGGAUAGUUAUUGCUUCGAGAUGCUGUCGCUGUUACUGGCUCUGAGCGGCAGUGCGGUCGGGCGGGCUCACCUGGCUCAGAGGACCGAGCUGCUGGCUGACCUACUGUCGUUACUGCACACCGGCAGCGAGAGAGUGCAGAGACAGGUAAUAUCACUACUACGGCGUAUGAUCGCUGAAAUCCCGCCACAGAAGAUGUUGGCCGCUAUCAACUAUGGCAGUGACAUGGCUACCAGAGUGACCCUCCUAGACCACCUAGUCUCGUACCUAAGCAAGGCGAUCACGGUCCAACUGAAGGUCAAAGCAUUUGGCGCCCCUCCCCCCUCUUCAAUCACUAUGGGGGGCAGCGUCGCGCCCGCGCCCCCCGCCGCCUGGUUCAUGAGGGGAAGUACUACGAAUAAACACGCGCAUUUGGUGGCCAAACUGCUGUGUGAUAUGGCUGAGGACAAAGUAUCCCCCACAUGGACGGCCGAGACGGUGACCUCACUUACGAGCUACGUGACUCGCUUGGCCACUUUAAGUGAGGCCGAGCGCGCGGCCGCCCGCUGCGUGGCCGCGCCCGCCAUGUGGCUCGCCCUGGCCGCGCUGUGCGUGUGCCAGCAGUCGCAACUAGACAGCAUGAACGCGACAGAGGGUCGCGACCGGCGCGAGGCCGCCGACCGCCCCUACUGCGCGAACCACGACGAUGGCGCCACCGUCGCCGUCGUCGACUGUCGCUCCUGUGGCGCCCUCUGCGCCGAGUGCGACCGCUUCCUGCACAUGCGGCGCGCGGCCCGCUCGCACCACAGACAGAUAUGCAAAGAAGAAGAGAGCGCGAUCCGCAUCGAUAUCCAUGAAGGCUGCGGGCGCGCCAAGCUAUUCUGGCUUUUACUGCUAGUCGACCGACGGACGCUGAAGGCUUUAGCGGAGUUCAGAGUGGAGGGCCACGAGGGCGUGCCAGGGGUGGACACGUUUGUGGACAUGAAGGGCGGGUUGGCAGCUGGCUUAGCGGGCACCUGCAGAUUCUGUGGGGCUAGAGGCAGCUCGGGACUGCUGGCUAUAGGGAAUGUUUGUGCUGAUCAACAGUGCCAGGACCACGGCAAAGAGUCCUGCGCCCGGGUGCUCUCUUGCGGCCACCUCUGCGGCGGCGUGCGAGGCGAGAAGACUUGCCUGCCGUGCCUGUUCGGAUGCACCGCGGCCGUGGCCGGGGAAGCCCCGCUGAGGCAGGACGCUGAUGACAUGUGCAUGAUAUGCUUCACUGAUCCACUGCAGGCCGCGCCGGCUAUACAGCUGAAAUGCGGACAUGUAUUCCAUCUGCAUUGCUGCAAGAAUGUGCUGGAGAGCAAAUGGAACGGCCCCAGGAUUACAUUCUCAUUCUCACAAUGUCCUAUUUGCAAGGAGGACAUGAAUCACUGGACGUUAGAAGACCAGCUGGCUCCAAUCCGCCGCCUCAAAGCCGAGGUCCGUCGCAAGGCACUCAUGAGGCUUCAAUACGAGGGCGCCGCCCCGACCACAAGGUCUUUAGACCCGGCAGCCGUCGCCAUGGAGAGAUAUGCUUACUACGCGUGUCAUAAGUGCGGGAAGGCGUACUUCGGCGGGCUGGCCCGCUGCGAGGCGGAGAGCAGCGGCUGGUGGGAGCCGGGCGAGCUGGUGUGUGGCGCGUGCAGCGACGUGGCCGGCGCGCGCUCCUGCGCCAAGCACAAGCAGGACUUCCUCGAGUACAAGUGCCGCUACUGCUGCUCGGUGGCGGUGUUCUUCUGUUUCGGCACGUCGCACUUCUGCAACGCGUGUCACGACGAUUUCCAGCGAGUCACCAACAUCCCCAAGCAUCUGCUGCCUCAUUGUCCGGCAGGUCCUAAAGGCGAGCAGCUGCCGGGCACCUCGGAGGAGUGUCCCCUGCACGUGGAACACCCGGCUACGGGCGAGGAAUUCGCACUCGGCUGCGGCGUCUGCCGGCAUGCUCAGACCUUCUAGAAUACCAUGCUAGGGGGCUAGGCGGCAAGCACGAAUCUCGAUUGUCAGCACAGACCCUCUAGACAUUUAUUUAUGAACACUUUAUUGUACAUUAUAGAGUUACAAUAAAAAAGGAGAAGAACAUUAAAAGAAAACUAACAAGGUACAAAGGCGGACUUAUUGCCAAAAAGCAAUUUCUUUCAACUCUUGCUUGGUUGGGAGAAGAGGACAUUACUCGUAUUAACGCUUUCAAUCAAUUCAAGUCAAAUCUUUCAGUCAAGACGUCUAUGAGCUUAGCGCAAGCGGGCAUGGAUGAAGAUUGUCAGUAAAUUACGAGUAUUAUCAUAAAUAUCGGCCGAAUCGAUGAGAGAAUACGUUUUUGACGUUUGCUUAUGUCUGUUAAGUAAAGUUAGUUUUCCUUUGCAGUCAUAAAAUAUAUAUGGGAUUUCACAUGUCAAUAACGCAUUUUCUUAUUGGCCAUACUAUAAAUAAAAUGUCAAAGGGUAGAAAGGUACUGGCGUUGAUCUGUCAGUGUUAUACGCAGUUCUUAGAAGCGAUGUUAUGAGCUGAAAAUUUCAAUAGACCUACUAAGCCCUGUCCAAAUCGUUGCUGGUAGCUUUUCAACCUUACGUAUAAUCUCAAGCGAUUUCUGAAAAAUAUUAUUCUAUAUGUCAAUAUAAAUUGAUAUUCGCUGUGAAGAUCUAGCGACACAGUUGAGAUUUACUGUAAAAUAGAUAGGAUCUAAGAUAUUUACUGUGGAACGCAUAAUUGCUGUCGUUCUCAAGUAUAUUUUGUCGUUGUUAAGUAUAGUUUAGAUGAAAAAAUGAUUAUAAAAUUGUAUUUGGUUGUGUGACUUUAAUGGUUCUUCAACCUACAUCGCAUGCGGUAAUUUUUAAAGCGAAAAGAACUUUUGAUGAAUUUCAGACUGUUGGUUGAAUACAAAAAGUGUAACAGCAAUUUAUUUAAAAAUAUCCUUUAAACAUCUACCAAAAUGAAAACACAGUAGGAUUUAGUACGUAAAAAAAUAAACCUGUACUUUGUAUUUUCAGUUUUAACGUGAAAAACAUACAUUUUAAAUCUGACUGUAACAUUAGAUAGAUAAGUCUUAAUAAGAAACUUUUUUUGUGAGUUUUAAUGAUCAGUUCAGCUAUCACAAUAUAUUUUUAUGC